AGAAGCAGGCUGGUGGAGAAACAUUUUACGCGUGAAGGAUGAAGGCUGCAGUUCUGGUCAGUCGGCGGUCCUCGCGCAGCUUCUAUUAAUGACCUUUUCCUCUUAAUUAGUUUGGAAAAUGUGGACAGUUCCCAGGCCAAAAUACAGAAGGGGUUUGAGUGAUGAGGAGGAGAUCACAGUGAACAUUGGUGGAGUCAGAGUGGUGCUGAUGGGGGAUGAUUUGAAGCGCUACCCGGACAGCAGACUGGCGGAGCUGGCCAACUGCUCCACUCAGAAUCUGGAACUUAUAUCCUCUCUCUGUGACGACUUUGAUCCAGGCAGAAACGAGUUUUACUUCGACAGAGAUCCUGACUCCUUCAAGUGCAUCAUUGAGGUUUACUACUUUGAUGAAAUCCACAUCAAAACCGGCAUUUGUCCCAUUUGUUUCAUCAAGGAGAUGGAGUUCUGGAAGAUAGACCAAAGUGUUUUAGAUGAAUGCUGUAAAAGUUACCUGAGUGAGAAGGAGCAAGAGCUGAGAGAGAUCGCAAGCAAAGUCAAAGUUAUUCUGGAGGACAUGGAUGUGGAUCAGGGCAUCACGCGCACGCAGCGGUGCCAGAGGUACCUGUGGAAGCUGAUGGAGAAGCCGGGUUCCUCGCUGCCGGCGCGCAUCGUCGCCAUCGCGUCCUUCCUCUCCAUCCUGGUCUCCGCGGUGGUCAUGUGUGUGAGCACCAUCCCCGAGCUGCAGGUGACGGACGCGGAGGGGAAGCUGGUGGAGCACCCGACCCUGGAGGCGAUCGAGACCGCGUGCAUGUUGUGGUUUACCGUGGAGUUCGUGCUGCGCCUCGCCUCGUCUCCGAACAAGCUGCGCUUUGCGCUCUCCUUCAUGAACAUCAUAGACUUCACGGCCAUCAUGCCUUUCUACGUGGUCCUGUCCCUCACUUACCUCGGCACCUCAUCUAUGAUGGAGCUGGUGAACGUCCAGCAGGCCGUCCAAGCGCUGCGCAUCAUGCGCAUCGCGCGCAUUUUUAAGCUGGCGCGCCAUUCUUCGGGGCUGCAGACUCUGACCUACGCGCUGAAGAGAAGCCUCAAAGAGCUGGGUCUGCUCCUCAUGUACAUGGGUGUGGGCAUUUUCGUGUUCUCCGCGCUGGCCUACACCAUGGAGCAAAGCCACCCGGAGACGCUUUUCAGGAGCAUCCCUCAGUCUUUCUGGUGGGCCAUCAUCACCAUGACCACGGUGGGUUAUGGAGACAUCUACCCCAAAACCACCCUGGGCAAGUGCAAUGCGGCCGUGAGCUUUCUAUGCGGGGUGAUAGCCAUCGCUCUGCCCAUCCACCCAAUCAUUAAUAACUUUGUUGUCUUCUACAACAAGCAGAAAGUGCUGGAGACUGCAGCCAAGCACGAAGUGGAGCUGAUGGAGCUGAAGUCCGGCAGACAACCGCGCAGGAAAAGUAAUGAAUAA